AUCAUGGGUCAAAUCAAAAGUGAGGUAAGCGUCGUUGCAUGUGAAAAAUAUAUAUUAAAUAGGAAACCAGUACAUGCAGGUACAUUUAUAUGUACACGAUAAGGAUUUUAAAACAGUUAUUUUAUUCGUGCUCUCUAGAAUGAAACCUUAAAAGAUUUUAAAGGUGCUUAUAGUAUACUUGUACAUUCGUACAUACAGAAGCUCCGAUCUACACAAAUAAGUAGAAAUAUAUCAGAUGCCAUCACUACCGGUAACAGUUUUUAGCAUAUGAAAACGAUCUUAGUUUUGUUCCAUAAUAAAUCCCGGUCGCAUUCAUUGGUUAGAUACGUUACGAUGGUGUAUUUUGCAGUUCACCAUCACUUUACCUUCAUUACCACGAUCAUGAGAAUGUAUUCGUAAAAUCAUUCUUACAUUCGUAAAUAUAAAAUGGAUCCGUUGAUUCGCAUUCAAGAAGAAAUAAAAGAAGUUGUACGUCGCGAAGAAGAACAUCGCCAACUUAUUUCCAGCAGCUCCCUCAUAUCAACAGACGAAUAUGAAAUACACAAUGAAAGUGACAUUGCUAACAGUAAUAACGAUCAUAAUGACAAUGAUAGCUCUAAUAGUCUAUCAAUCAGUCCCUUACCACAUUCGUCAUUGAAUAAUGGCGAAGAUUCCUUAAAAAUAGAAUGCUUAUCACAUAGUAAAAAUAGCAUUAACAGUAAAGAAUGUAUUGACGAAGACUCAGGAAUAUCAGCGUCGCCAAGUCCAAUAAAUGGCAUCUCAGCUACUCCUCUUUACAUAGGACCGAUAAAGCCUUCAAAAGAACAACGCUAUAUUGGUCCGAAUUGCUAUACAAUUACACCAGAACCACCCCGUCAAAUGAUGAUCGCGAGCACGGUUCCGGUUACACCUUCUGUCCUUAAUAGGCAACGUCUCUUCGCUUUGAAUCCUGCAAACAAAGGGGUCAUGCAGCGUUUCAUAGCUUCUCGAGGAAAAUUACAACUAAGCAACAAUAAUACAACAGCAAAUCAAAUUGUAUUAAAUGCCAAAACAGCAAAUGCUUUGUUUAGCAAAAAUACUUCCACAUCAUCUAUCACACCACCAACAGUUGUGUCAAGUGCAUUACAUCCAGCAAUGACGCCUGAAGCCCUUACUCAUCCUAUAACCAUACCAACUGUCACUAUGACUCCACCACAUAUCGAACGGGAUGCAGAAGGCAGAGUAAUUCGACGAGGCUAUGUACCAGCGGAGGUGAAGAUCCAGAAAGAGAUAAAGGACUUGCAAGCCCGUGAGCAUGAACUGAAAAAACGUAACAAAUUUCGACAAUCUACAUCAGAUUUGCUUGAGUCAAUUGAAAACGACAAUGAAGAAACAGAUGACGAAGAUUCCGAAGUAGAACAUUGCCUCGGACCCAGACAACUACGCUCGGCGAAGUCUGUCAGUGAAAUCUGCUACUCUACAUCAUUAAAUAAUAGCAUCUCCCCCAGAGCAACUCCUAGUCCAGAUUUCGAUAUGAAAAAGAACGGGUGUUGCACAAUGCGCCCCGCUAUGUCAUUGGCUCAGCUGUGUGAUCUACCGCCUGAGGAGGCACCUUCAUCGCACCGGCUCAUAGUGGAAUGGGAGAACCGUAUACAAAUGAAUGCUGUGCGCAACACCACAGUGCCAAUUGAAGACUAAAUUCUAAUAAAUUAGAAAAACAUGAAUGUUACUUAAUCCAACAAACAUACUAAAUGUAAAAAUUUUUAUGUAUGCUGGGAAUAAUUAUGUACAUAUAAACUUUUGACUAAACUAAAUUCACAACUACCAAACGCAGUAGCAUAGCUGGAAUUUGUUACAAUAUCUUUGUGGAAAAGUAUUAUAUAUAUGUACAUAUGUAUAUGUAACGUGUGUUUUACUAUUAAUCUUUAGGUAUUAAUACAUCAUAGCGAGAAUUCCGCGAGGCAGGGGUUGAGUUGAUGACGAAAGCUAAAUAUUUUUAAAUCUUUAUGGUAUUUAUCUUUAUUAAAACGAAAUGAAAGUUAUUAAGAGCAACUUGUUAAUGAUCGAAGUAAAUCAAAAUAUAUUUAUUGCAUUUAAGAAAGCUUAUACAUUGAAGGGUAUCAACCCUUAUUUAUAAAAUUUGAUUUUAAUAAAAGAGUGAGUAUUGAAAUAUA